CAGGCAGCCAGAGUACCAGCCCAGCCAUGGUCCCCGAGAUGAGUGAACGCCAAGAGUUCCCAGCCUCGGAUUUUGCCUUCCUCCUGGAAAACUCAUCCUAUGACUACGGAGAAAACGAGAGUGACUCCUGCUGCGCCUCCCCACCCUGCCCGCAGGACUUCAGCCUCAACUUCGACCGGGCCUUCCUACCCGUCCUCUACAGCCUCCUCUUCAUGCUGGGGCUGCUGGGCAAUGGCGCCGUGGCGGCCGUGCUGCUGAGCCAGCGGGCGGCCCUGAGCAGCACCGACACCUUCCUGCUGCACUUGGCCGUGGCUGACGCGCUGCUGGUGCUGACGCUCCCGCUCUGGGCGGUGGACGCGGCCGUCCAGUGGGUCUUCGGCUCCGGCCUCUGCAAAGUGGCGGGUGCCCUCUUCAACAUCAACUUCUACGCGGGGGCCCUCCUGCUGGCCUGCAUCAGCUUCGAUCGGUACCUGAGCAUCGUGCACGCCACCCAGCUCUACCGCCGGGGGCCCCCGACCCGCGUGGCCCUCACCUGUGUGGCGGUCUGGGGGCUCUGUCUGCUCUUUGCGCUCCCGGACUUCAUCUUCCUGUCCGCCCACCACGACAAGCGCCUCAACGCCACCCACUGCCAGUACAGCUUCCCGCAGGUGGGCCGCACGGCCCUGCGCGUUCUGCAGCUGGUCGCCGGGUUCCUGCUGCCCCUGCUGGUCAUGGCCUAUUGCUAUGCCCGCAUCCUGGCUGUGCUGCUGGUCUCCAGGGGCCAGCGGCGGCUCAGAGCCAUGAGGCUGGUGGUGGUGGUGGUGGUGGCCUUUGCCCUCUGCUGGACCCCCUACCACCUGGUGGUGCUGGUGGACACCCUCAUGGACCUGGGGGCCGUGGCCCGCAACUGUGGCCGAGAAAGCAGUGUGGACGUGGCCAAGUCGGUCACGUCGGGCAUGGGCUACAUGCACUGCUGCCUCAACCCUCUGCUCUAUGCCUUUGUGGGUGUCAAGUUCCGAGAGCGCAUGUGGAUCCUACUCAUGCGCCUGGGCUGCCCUGACCAGAGGGGCCACCAGCGGCAGCCGCCAGCUUCCCGCCGGGAUUCAUCCUGGUCUGAGACCACAGAGGCCUCCUACUCAGGCUUGUGA